AUGGGCCGCUGCCCCUAUGCAAAAGUCACGCUGACCAAGGACGGCGCCCGCUUCUCUUCCCCCUAUUGCAAGAUACACUGCUGCAAGAAGAUAGACAACAACGCCGCGUGUCUGCAUCUGAGGACUAACAACCGCGGAUACUGCAAUCAACACCUGAUGUGUACAGGUACAAUCAACGGCCAACGCUGCACAAACUACAUCAAAUCCUACGACCCCAAAGAUUUCAAGUUCUGCUCCCAAUUCCACAACUGCCUCCAACCAGACUGCGCAAACGAACGCACUCACCAAAACGACACCACCGACCUGCGAUACUGCCCAGACCACCGGUGCACCCGCGCAGACUGCUCAUCCCCUCGCGCAGCAGGCGGCAGCACCCAGUGCGCAUCCCACACCUGCGCCUCGCAAAACUGCCUGGCCUCGUGUCCCGGCGCGACGGGCGACGACAACGCCGCCGACCCGUCCCGCUUCUGCGACAGACACCGCGUCUGCGCGACGGCCGACUGCCGCCGUUUCGCGCACCUCCGCGAGAACGGCGUGCCGUCGAAGCACUGCGGCGCGCACUUUUGCAGGUGGGAAGCCGAGGGCGGCUGCGACGCCGAGCGGGACCGGGCGACGGCGGCGGCGGACGGCGUCUGCGCCGCGCACACCUGCGUCGAGCCCGGCUGCCUGCGCGCCAGGGACCACAAGACCGACGGCGCGCAGUGGUGCAAGGACCACGAGUGCACCAUGCGGGACUGCCGCUGGCGGCGCUGGCUGGGGGAGUUCUGCCCGGAGCACCAGUGCGGACGGCCGGGGUGCGGGAGAAAAGGGGAACACAACCACUACUGCGACAGGCACCGAUCGUGUUCUUUCUCGGGGUGUGAUAGGUACAGGUUAGUCGACGGGGAGAAUAUCAAGGAAUUCUGCGAGGAGCGUAAGUGUUUUCUGUUUCUUUUCCCUCUUUCCCUCCCUUUAUCCACGAAGCAGCAGUCUGACGCAGAUGGAAUACAUAUAGAUUCAAUCACACGAUGUAGCAAACUGAACUGCGACGCGAGAGUAGUCGACAACACCCCGCUCUGCGAGAACCACCUCUGCAGCUGGCGGCCCUGCACCAACGAGCGGGCGCAGUACAGCAGCGGUCUCUGCGCAGCGCACAAGUGCGCCGUGAUGGCGUGCCCGCAUCGCAGAACGCACAUGAACUUCUCCCACAUGGCCGCCAUGCUCGGCGGCAUCGGCGGCAGGGGCGACUUUGAGUGGCCUCUGUCGGCGUAUUGUAACGGUCACGCGUGUAAGCACGAGCAGUGUCCCGCGCAGGCGGCGGAGGAUACGCAUUAUUGCCGGAGUCAUACGCGGUGUCGUCAGCCCGGGUGUCCUAGGGUCGUUGAUGUCGACGGGCAGGAUCCGACGUGUUGUGCGGAGCAUACGCGGCUGGGGGCCGGCAUGGGACGGCGCGGGGUGAUGGGUGGUGGUGGUGGUGAUCCGUUUGGUUACGGAGGCGGCGGAUGGCCGGGAGUUGGAGCUUGGGGCGUGAAUGCCACUUUAUGA